AUAACAGCGAGAAGAUGUCGAUGCAAUUAGUGGUAAAGGUUUUUUCAAGACGUAUGAGCAUUGCUUUGAAUCACUACAGAGAAAAAUACGAAAAAGAUAGCAUUAGAUUAAUAUUCAAAGAUUCUCUACCUACAGAGAGACUUACAUUUCUUUUGAAUAACGUAUUUGAUGUGUUAAAUGGACGCAUUCCAAAGGAAGGAAUAACGAUUAGCAACUGGCAUAACAAGAAAAAAAUUUUGGAUCAAAUGCUGAGAUGUCUGGAACUGACUGAACAGGCGUUCAAGAAGCAAUCUAAGAAUAUGGUCAUUGUUAAAAGUAUGUUUGUUUCGAAUCAAACUCUUUUUGGUUGGCGCUUAACAAUCAACAGCGUAAUCCAAAUUACUGAGGAAUUGUUCAAUUCUGGGUAUUCACUAGUACUGACCGGCAAAAUGAAUCAAGAUAUUCUGGAACGUUUUUUUGGAAUCGUGCGCUCCUACGACAACCGACCAACAGCACACUCUUUCCUUCAGAUCUACCGUGCGCUCUCCAUGUCGCAAACUGUCAAAUGUAAGUUAAAGAAGGCUAAUGCAGAUGACAAAGAGGAUGUGUACCAAUUGGUUUCAUAUGCGAAAUGUUGGAUUAACCGCUUCAAGGAGUGCGAGAGGAAGGCUGCCGCAAUGAAAGCUUCCUUACGCGAUAAUUUGUUUGACGAAAUUUCAAUUCGCUAUGUGAAUGUUAUUCAAAAUGAUGAGAAAGAUGUUACUAGAAACAAUUUAAUUUACGAUCUCUGCGGCUACAUGUUUCAGACGAGGGGACAGUUAAUAUCUUGCCAAGAGUGUAAAGAAACAGUUGUUUGUGAGGAGGCUGAUUUGCCAGACGAUUUCACUGCAAAGCAGUACACAGCUUUUCGCAAUAGAGGAGGACUAAUUUUUGUUACAAUCCCAGUCUUUCAAUCAAUACGGGAAGUGGAAAAGAUUAUUUCGUCUCAAUUUGAAGAUGACGGUCAUUAUUUAGUGAGAGAUAGUUACGAAAUUUGUAUGUCAAAAAUCAAAGUACUCAAUCUUUGUCCUUUUUUUUGUGACACACCGUGCUGA